AUGUCAUCGGCAACAUCUCCCUCACCCAUUCUCCAGACCGAAACUACUCAGGCCAACAUGAUUCUGCCUCCGGCUACACCGACUCCUCUGAAGCGGAAUCCAUCAGCCGACCCCUCCCUUCCUCCUCGAGAGCCUUCAAAGAAAUCGCGACUAGACCAACAAGCAACGUCGACUGAAGAUUCUCUAAGAACUACAAAGCACUACGCCGUCUACUUCCACAACCUCCUCGAAGACCCAAAAAUCGCUACUCCCCGACUCAUCACCGCAUCCACCGUCUUCGACACCACCCAGAAAGCCAUGCGUAACCACGCUACUCAGGAGAUCGAAGCGAACGUCCAAUGGGGCGCAACAAAAGAGCUAAGCACCAAUCGUCUCUAUGAGAUCCUUGACAGCAAAAACCAUGUCGUUCUACGCUACGAAAUGGACAUUGUCUUCCCCACAGGCGAAAACACAGAGGGCGUGAAGGUGUGGACCCGCGCGAGCGAUUUGGACGCUUUGCCAUUGCAGUAUGGUCUGUGUGUUGAGUAUCUUAAUGACAACUACGACGGAGAAGAAGGAGCAGACCGCUCCUUGGUCGUCAGUUUUGGUAGUUUGGGAGAAGCUAAGCAUGCUAUGAAGAAGGCGGCGGCGGCGUACGUCAGCAGCUCUAGUGGAUUCAAGAUUGAAGAGGGGAGGAAGGACGCACAGGGUAGGUUCGUGAGGGAAAAGAACUUGUAUCUUGAGCUGAACGGCGCAGAUUCGACAAUAUCUGCCGACCUUCCACCCGCACUCGAGAAGUUGGAGUCACCCGCAUCGCCAUCUCCUCAGCCGAUUGUCGCUCCAGUCGAACCUGCAAGUGUACGCCAAACUACUCCAGAAGUCGCAACACCACAUCCUGCUCCUACCGCCUCCGAACCAGAAGCUGCUCAGGGCACACGCCGUCAGUCUGCUCGGAUUAAAGUCGAAACUCAAGCUGCUAAGGAUGUGAAAGAAGAACAGGCCAAGAUCGAAAUCAAGCCCAAGCCUCAGCCUAAACCAAGGGCUCCAGCUCAACCCAAGGCCGCAGCCAAACCGAAAACCCCAGCUAAAUCCAAAGCCAAAGGCUCAGCUACAACUCCAGUCGACUCGACCCCUCACUGCACUUGUCGCGGCCUUGACGACGGUAGUCUAAUGAUCGGCUGCGAUAACGACGCUUGUCCGAUUGGGUGGUAUCAUGGCCGUUGUAUCGGCAUCUCCAAGGCUAUCCCGAAGAGCCAGCAGUGGUACUGCGCGAUGUGUACGAAAGAGAUAGAGGAUAAGAAGGAUGUGGGUGUUGGAACGGCACGUGCGAAGACGCCUGCGAAGAAGAGAGGUGACGGUAAUGCGAAGGCGAAAGCGAGAAAGAGGAAGAGGAAGGGCAAGUCGGGUUAG